CGGUAUGUGUUUUUUUUGGGUUUAGAAAAAUAAGAAUCGUUUUGGGUUUUGUAAAUUUUGGUCCGGUUUUGGUUUCUGACGGUUCCGUUUCAGUUCGGUUUUCGAGUUUUGAUAAUAUGCCUAGACCUUAUUCAUAACAGAUCGACCUCGUAUAGGAGGAUGAUGUAAUCCUCAACGAACUAGUUAGUUAAAGGCCUUGAACGUUUGGCGCUACGUCAAUGUCCAACGAGCAGAAAAAACACAACAGAAUCAUAACACAACUCUCAAAAUAAAGGCUACGUAACCAUUUUCUCACCCUUAAUAAAUAAAAGCCAUUCAGCGCCAAGAAAUGGAAAAACCAUCAUCAAGAGAGUAGUUGAAUCAGUUUCAAAUGUCGACUUACAAGCUUCUCCUUAUCUCCUUUAUCCUUAUCUUCCUUAGUCGUCAUGUGCUUAGCGACAUCGAUUGUGAAUACGCAGAUGAAGAGGACGUUCUUUUCAUAGGCAUCAACAGCUACAGAGCAUCACAGAAUCUCACAACCUUAAACAACAACGAGAACGCAGAGUGUCUAGCCGACGAAAUAGCUGAUCAACUCAAGAACAAGCCAUGCACCAACGACACUGGCUCAGCCACAGUACCCGGAACCGAGCCACAGUUCGCAGACUACCCUAAUAUUCUAGCUAAAUGCCACUUAAGCGUCUCCGACACAAGAGACGGCUUGAUCAUGCCCGCAUGUGUUCCUUUCUUAGAGUCGAGCCCAAGCCUCGUCCUCACAAACUUCACCAAGUCACAAUACUCGUUGAGUUUGAACGAUUCUAAGUUUACGGGAAUGGGUAUUGGUAAAGAAGAUGAUUGGAUCGUUGUGGUUCUCACUACCAACACACCACAAGGAAGCUUCUCUACAGCUACUAAAGUGGACUCUAAUGGCUUCACUUUUGCUAUUGGCUUCUUUAACUAUGUGUUUGUUUUCAUCUUGUCCUUUUGUUUCUUUCUUUGUUGAAAUAUCUAUCACAUGUUUCAAGGUUUUAUUGGUUUCAACUCUUCCUACUAUUGUAUAUCAAAUAAAGAAUCAUAUGUUCUUGUGAUA